AUGUCCAGGACACUGCGCGCGCUGAGCCUCGCGCACUCGCUCUCUGGACCUUCGCGCCCGCUCGCGCGGCCCCUGGUCAUCGCGCCCGCCCCGCAGGUCGCGUUUGCGCGCAACGCCUCGUGGUUUAAGAAUAUCGGGUUUGGACUUCCUGAGAGCUGGCGUCGUAACAUGAAGGAUAAGGAGGAGACGGCGCCAGCCGAGGACACGGGGAACGUAUUCGACACGACCGUUGAGCAGACGGAGGAAGUUGUUCAGGCAAAGCGGCGGCCUCCCCCCAAGGACACCCGCUUCAAGUCUGCCGCCCGCAAAAUGUCCCACCGCAAGCUCAACGACAUCGGCCGCCUCGUAGCCGGCAUGCCGGCCGACGAAGCCGUCCUCCAACUUCAAUUCAGCGAGAAGCGCGCCGCCCGUACCUGGGUCAAGUCGACCCUCGCCUUUGCCAGGGAUCACGCUGUUGCUCGCGGACUGUCGCGCGACCGCCUCGUCGUCCAGGAGGCGUGGGUUAGCAAGGGGAAGAAGGAGGGGCGUCUCGAUAUCAAGGGCCGCGGACGGAUGGGUAUCAAGCACCACCCGCGGGCGAGGAUCCACUUUAUCCUCACUGAAGGAAAGACUUGGGAGGAGAAGCGGGCGGCCAAGGACGCCAAGGUGAUUCGGCAGGUUAGGGGGGCGGGUAUGGUGCGUGAGGAUGGCAAGUUGCGCCGUAAGAUGACUAGUGACUGGGCUUGGUAG